AUGAUGAAACCAGAGACUCGAUACAGAUGGAGCAUGCAGGGUAGAGCCUGGAAAGACAACAAAAAUACAUCAUCAAAGAACCAGACAACAAGAAAAACACCGAAAGGGCACAGAGCAAGCAGUGCCAAAAGCAUAAAGAAGCAUCUAUUAGCUGCUAAGAAUCAAAACGAGAGGAAAAAACAAAGCAUGACAAAACGAGAGACUCGAAACGUGCACAUGGGGCAUGGUAGAGCCUGGAAAGACAUCAAAAAUACAUCAUCAAAGAACAAGACAACAAGAGUGUCCAUUCCAUGCUCAUGGUCGAAGGAUAAGCAUAGCAGCACCAAGCGAGCACUAGCAUGGAACUGA